CCUACAUCCGCCUGGGGUUCUUCCCAGAACGGCCAGCAGGUGGCGCGGAGGCGCCCCUUUCCCCAAUCACUGGACUCCGGGCCAGACCCCAUCGGGACCUUCUCCCACCUUUUUUCCUCAGCCAGGAUAAAAUUGGAUCCUAUGACCUCUAUCUGACCCCUCUCCUUCCUGCUGCUCCUGUCACGGCCAACUGAGGAGCCUCCAGUUGCUCCCGCAGGCCCCCUGGUAGUCUGGGGAAGGCGAGGAGGUCCUGGGGGUUAAGCUGCAGCUGGUGGGGUGGGGCUGGUCGGGCGGGGCAGGCAGCAGCUGCCAAAAGAAAAGAGAAAAAGAAGUGGGAAGGUGCCCUGGCUGGGCUACCAUCCCGGGGAGGUCCAGGCCCCGGCAAGGUCCCAGCUGAGUCUCAAUCCCAGGACAAGCGGGGGCGCCCCGCCCCCAGGGCGCCCGACGUGGACGCGGCCGCCGCCGCCGCCGCCGCGCGGGAGUCGCUGUCCGCCGAGCCGACAUGCAGGCAGCGCGGGGCGGCGCGGGGCGGCCGGGCCGGGAGGGCCGCGGGCAGGAGCGCGAGCGCCAGCGGCCGCCGGGCGCAGGAGCCGCCAUGCCCCCCGGGCCGUGCGCCUGGCCGCCCCGCGCCGCGCUCCGCCUGUGGCUGGGCUGCGUCUGCUUCGCGCUGGUGCAGGCGGACAGCCCCUCGGCCCCCGUGAACGUCACCGUCAGACACCUCAAGGCCAACUCUGCCGUGGUCAGCUGGGAUGUCCUGGAGGAUGAGGUUGUCAUCGGGUUUGCCAUCUCUCAGCAGAAGAAAGACGUGCGGAUGCUGCGCUUCAUUCAGGAGGUGAACACCACCACCCGCUCCUGCGCUCUCUGGGACCUGGAGGAGGACACGGAGUAUAUCGUGCAUGUACAGGCCAUCUCCAUCCAGGGCCAGAGCCCAGCUAGCGAGCCCGUGCUCUUCAAGACCCCACGCGAGGCCGAGAAGAUGACCUCUAAGAACAAAGACGAGGUGACCAUGGAGGAGCUGGGAUUUCACCAGCCACUGCGAACAGGCGAAGUGCUCAUCAUCGUUGUGGUCCUCUUUAUGUGGGCAGGUGUUAUAGCCCUCUUCUGCCGCCAGUAUGACAUCAUCAAGGACAACGAGCCCAAUAACAACAAGGAAAAAACCAAGAGUGCAUCCGAAACAAGCACACCAGAGCACCAGGGUGGCGGUCUCCUCCGCAGCAAGAUAUGAAACCCUUUCAGUGCUUGCUCUGAGCAGCUCAGAAGACAGUAGAGAAUGUGAGAGGACCUCACUAGAACAGUGACGAUGAUUGUCCAACAGACAUCUGGCCUUUUCUGCGUCUUCUCCCCACUUCCAUCUUCCUGUAUCAUCAGGCUUCCUAUCUUCUCUCUUGGCUUCUCUCUUUCUGAUGUCUUUUCCUGAAGCCUCUAACUAACCCCUAACUCCAGGAGCACCUCAAUAAUGUCGGUGGCUGAGGUUUGCAAUCAGAGACAGAUCUACAGGCCAUGAGAGAACCAGGCAGAGGGAUGCCUUUGCUGGGGUAGACUGGGCGCCAGGGCUCUCGGCCCAGGAUUUGCAUCUUGGCCACUCAGCUUGACCGAAGGCUGUGUGUGAAAAGGCAGAAGACUUUCAGGCGGGGCCGUUCUUUUCUUUCUGCGAGGGACAAGAGCCUGGUUUCUAGGCUGUAGCCCUGCUGUUCCUUUCCUCCUCUGUCCUGUUUCCUAGCUUGCAAGAAGUCUAUUUAACCAGCUCUGGCCACUUCUCCCAUUUGCUCCCUCCCGUUUCUCUGUGAACAUCCUCAAAGCGUGGCUACCCCCAUCUUCAGAGGAAGGGUUUCAUCCUCUGUUGCUCCCUGUGCCCUUCUGGGCACAGCGUGAAAGCUGAUGAAAGUGGUGGGGGUGCAGCGUGCCACCGUUCUUCCUUUUCCUCACCGUAGUCUGAUGGAGGAGGCCAAACUACAAACCCAAAUUCUGCAAAAAAAAAAAAAAAAAAAAAAAAAAAGCCACAAAGCUAGAGGGUAGACACCAUUCUGGAGAAGGCAAAGCUGCAUGAGACACAGCCUCCUGCCUCACUUCUCCUGGACUGUCUUCCACAAACGCACAAAGCAGCUCUGGAAGAGAGCAAGACUGGCUGGAGCUGUGUCUGUCAGACCAAGGGCACCAAGGAAGGUGUGGGGCUGGCCUGAAUCCAUCAAGCCCUUUCUGGAUUGAGCCAAUAAAGACAUCUUCGGUGUGAGGUGCUCCACUGCCAGUGUGUAUGCGGUUAGUUGUUUUGACUCUCGGGAAACCCAACUGGAAGGCUGCAUUCCAGAGGCUAGAGGCCUGAGAUGAGUGUUUGCAUCUAUCUUGCACAAGGACAGAUCUUCUUUGUGGUGAGAUGAUAUUAUGGAGAUUUAAGAAGACCCAGAAGGGACUGCCCACUUUUAAAGGAAGUGCCUCUGCUGUGCAGCAGUGUCAGCUUGGGUAACUGAAAAGGCUACAUGAACACCCUACAUCCUAGGGGCUGCUGAGACCUGCUGGAAAGCCAUUCACAUGAGAUGGGCAGAGAGCGGCCACUGUCACUUUGGAUUUCACAGGGUCCUGUGAAAGUUAUCCAGGGUUCUCGUCUUUCCCCAGAGCUUAAAGUGUGAAAUGACAGCUAGUGCUCUCUGUUCUCAUUCUCUCUCUGCUUUCUUCCUUUCCUCUGCCCCUUUCUGGUUAAAAAAAAAAAAAAAAAAAGGUGCUUGAUGAGGCGAGCAGACUUCUUGAGGACUGAGGUACCAUGACUGCCAAAUGCCUGCAUGGGAAAAGGUGGACUGUACAUUUUCCAUCAGUGGCCAAGGCAGCACAUAGUAGGUGCUUGGUAAAAUAUCUGUUGUACUGAAUGAUAAGCACUGGUGCCCAAGUCAGAGAGCUGAAAGCCAUCACCCAAUGACUGCCCCUUCAUUUGGGUCUUUAACAGCUCUCAAGGAUGAUGGGUUAGCCACCACUCUGCUUUCUCCAACUGUGGUAGCACGGGAGAGGAGAGACAGAUAAGGGCAGAUGUCAGCAACCUAAGGGCUUUCUCCUGGGAGGGAAUGAGGUUCCACUCAUUGUCUUGUGACUUCCAUCCCUGCUGAAUGGGGCUGCAAGGCCAAGGCUCCUUACAAGAGGUCCUUACCUCCGAUCGUUAGAGCAAUAACCACUUUUUAAAUGUAAAAUAAAGACAAAUGAAAAGGCA